CGGACAUGUGAUGACAUCGGAUAUGCAUUUGUCGAAUUUGCUUCCGACCGAGAUUUCUGAGCGUUUCUCCGACUCUGCCAUCGUCGAACCAUUUAUCAACUGUUCAAGCCUGAGAUGUCGUUUCUCCUACCCAUCCACGCCAGACGUUCUAGGCCUAGUAUAGACUUCAUCAUAAUCCACUGAAUCCCCGUACCAGCCAGCGAGACUGAAAGGAUGCCCAACAACAAACGACACACGAUCAAACAGAUGCAGGGCAAGGGCAAGGACAAGAUGCACCCUUCGUCCCGAAAAGGACAUCAAAUGGAGCGAAUUCUCUUGCGGUCCGACAAGCUCAAACAAGCUACUCGACGGCAAUACAACGCCAAAGAGCUGAAGAUGGAGCGUCCGCUCUUCUUCAUCUACUCAAUGACCUCCCCCGACCCGCUCACCUUGGAUCAGCUUAAAAGUCUUAUCCAGGACAAGUUUAUCGGACGCAACGACGAUAGCAUCAAGGAACUCGAGAGCAAAAGAAGACCGGGGAGGCCAAAGGAUGCAAAGUUGGUCAGCGCAGAGUUGGCCAAAGAGAUCGAGAUGUCCGAGUACAAGAGCGGGUUCGAGGUACCCGAUCUGACUCAUCUUGGGACGACCAAGCUGAUCUGGAGAUGGCUCGAGACGGACGUCGGUCUGAAAGGCUCCCACCUAGACGCUCUUCGCGUCAUCCGUGUCACUCCCGAAGGUACCGAACCCGUCGUCGUCCGGGAGGGCAGAACGGUACAGAUGGGCUUGGAACAGAAAUCAGCGCCGGCCGCUGUCAAAGAGACGACUCCCGUUCCCGAACUCAUGUCUGUAGACGCUUGAACAUCAAUCCCUUCCUGCAAACCCAUUGAUAGUUUUGUAUCAUACACUACAGUAUUGUACGAUGAUGUAUCUUGUAUCUUCCUUUGGGGUAUAUUGGCUACAUAGUGACCGUGAUAUAUACAUACACAUACGUGUUUGUC